AUGUAAAGCAAAGUGUAGUCCGAUAUGCUCCUAGUAGUUGCGUCACAUGGCGCAGUUUGACGUAUCGGCGUCUGAUGCACUUCACGAAUAGCGACAACGGAAUAUUUAACAUACACGUACUUGAAAUUGCAAAAGCGCGCAGGUCCGAUCACGGUUUCGUCUUUUUUUUACACAGGUCGCGUUUUGUUUUAGAUCUUUUGACUUUCUAUAUUUACGUAUAUUUUUUCUGAGACUAUACAUUGGUUGACAUUCUUCCAAAGUUACACAACCUUUUUGCUUGGCAGAAUCAUAAUGUGACGACAAAUGUGUUUGACUGUGACAUGUGAGAAUACAAGAUUAUAAAAAUGAUAUUUGGAUGUGCUUCUGAGUAAUAUAUAGUUACUCAGCUACAAAUAAAAUUCCAAGUAUCCCUAAUUAUGUAUGCGCAAAUACUAAACAGAUAUUUGGAGAAACUAUUAAUAUGGAAGGAUCUGGAUUUAAGUAAUGGAAGAUGUCUAAUAAGUAAUCUUACACAAGAGGGAUAAAUAACCAGAUGACCUGUUAUAAAAAAUUAAAUUAAGAAAACUAUUAAAUUUUUGGAGCAACUUUUGCAUCACCAGUGGAUACAAUGUCAGGGCCUAUUGCAUCACAAACCAUAACUCAUCUACCAGAGAAAGAGCAUGGACCUGCUUCUGUAGACUAUUCUAGCAUCAGAGGCAAGAAUGUCUUAGUUAGUCCAUCUGAGGAUCAAUAUGAACUGUUGUUGAGAAAGCUAAAAGAAAGGAUUCAGGAUGGAGGCAGCGAGACCAUUUUUGACAUUGGUAUUGCUGAAGAUGGAUCUGAAGAUGGAUUAAAGGAGGAUGAAUAUGACGCAUCAGUUGCCACUUUACAAUCCCUUGCUGCGACAUUGGAGGCUGAUUGUGUACUUCUACGCCAAAGUAAAGUUGACCAUGGUUUAACAGGACAAUAUCUAGUAAGAAGGCGACUAGAUCGACAAGAUUUCCUGGAAAUAAGAGUUGCUGUUGUUGGAAAUGUAGAUGCUGGUAAAUCUACAUUAUUAGGAGUACUCACUCAUGGCGAGCUUGACAAUGGAAGAGGUCUGGCACGUCAAAAGUUAUUUCGUCACAAACAUGAAGCUGAAACUGGACGGACUAGCUCUGUUGGCAAUGACAUACUUGGAUUCGAUAGCGUCGGUAACGUAGUUAAUAAACCCGAACAUGGGUCGCUAGAUUGGGUAAAAAUAUGUGAAAAAUCCUCCAAAGUAAUUACGUUUAUUGAUCUUGCUGGUCAUGAGAGAUAUCUGAAGACAACUGUCUUUGGAAUGACAGGACAUGCUCCAGAUUUUGGCAUGUUAAUGAUUGGAGCAAAUGCUGGUAUUGUGGGAAUGACCAAGGAACAUUUGGGCCUCGCUUUAGCACUGUCCGUACCGGUAUUCGUUGUUGUAACGAAAAUCGAUAUGUGUCCACCGAAUGUCCUACAAGAAAACUUAAAGCUAUUAAUAAGGAUUCUGAAGUCGCCUGGUUGCAGAAAAGUUCCAGUUACAGUGAAGACACCUGAUGACGUAGUAGUCAGCGCUACUAAUUUUGUGUCAGAACGGUUGUGUCCAAUUUUCCAAGUAUCUAACGUAUCUGGCGAAAAUCUAAAUCUUCUUAAGAUGUUUCUCAACUUACUAACGGCAAGGAUUACUAGUCACGACGAUGAACCUGCAGAGUUUCAAAUCGACGACACAUAUUCCGUACCGGGCGUUGGUACAGUGGUAUCUGGCACAACUUUGAAAGGUAUCAUAAAGUUAAAUGAUACCUUACUGUUAGGGCCUGAUCCGUUAGGUCGUUUCACACCGAUAGCCGUGAAAAGCAUCCAUCGAAAGAGAAUGCCGGUUCGUGAAGUGAGGGGCGGUCAAACUGCUAGUUUUGCCUUGAAAAAGAUCAAACGAUCGCACAUUCGCAAAGGUAUGGUGAUGGUCGCGCCUGUGCUCAACCCGCAAGCCUGUUGGGAAUUUGAGGGUGAAAUUUUGGUGUUACAUCAUCCCACCACGAUCAGCUCGCGUUAUCAGGCGAUGGUACAUUGCGGCAGCAUAAGGCAAACUGCCUCUAUAUUAUCCAUGUCUCAAGAUUGCUUGAGAACGGGCGACAAAGCUUUAGUACAUUUUAGAUUUAUCAAACAUCCAGAAUACAUAAAACCUGGACAAAGAAUGGUGUUCAGAGAGGGUCGUACUAAAGCAGUGGGAAACGUAUUGAAACUUAUACCGCAUUCGAGUGGCACAACUGUACAGACAUCUAGGAUUAAUAAGCCGAAUAAAACAUCGCAAGGACGACAGAACACGUCAAAUGUGCAGGUAUCGGAAGUAACAGAAGCUGACUCAAUGAUCGAAACACAAACGGCCAAGCAGGAAAACGUACCACAAAAAUUCGGGUUAAAUCAGAAGAAAGGUAGAGGUCGAAGAGGAGGGCGAUCACAUAAUAACGUCAAUAGCAUUCAACCCUUAGCGGAGCAAAAUCCUCCUGCAAAGAUGUAAAUUGACAUUUUUAUUUUUUCGUUAAAAAGAACAUACUAUAGAAUAUAUCCAAGCACAUAUUGUGCUAUAAAUUUAUUACAGUACAAACGAUUUUUCGAUCAUUAAUCGCGUUAAGAAGAUAUUCUUUUAAUAAUAUAAAAUAUUGGUCGUAUAUAAAUCGUGUUAUUUUUAUAAAAGGCACAUGUGUAUCUUAAAUUCGUACUACAUAUAGGUAAAAUCAGAGUAGUACAUGUAUGUCUUUAUUUCUGCCGUAUAAAUAGGGAGAUAUACAAUAUGUAUAAUCGGAUACAUUAAAAUUCUAUCUGGUGCUUCAUAAGAAAGUUCGUGACAUGCGGAUUAUUGAAUCUUUCAUAUAAUAAAGAUAUUAUAUUGUCGACUAUGUAAGUAAUAAGACUCAUUAUUUAAAUACUUAAAAAAACUUGACUAAUGACUUUAUUAAAUGUAAUCCAUCAAAUACCAUUAGUGUAUCCGAUUGCACAUAGACACACAUUUAUACGAAAAAAAUAAGCUGUAAUUUCUUUUUUAAUGUCUUUAAAAUUUAAUAAUAAAAAUACACCGAUUUUGUGUCUCGUCAUAA